AGUUUGGGAGAGGAGUCGUAAAGCGCCCAGUAGCCAGAAAACAUAAUUUGGUGCGGCUUGGUCGUGUUAAUAAAUCAUUUACGGGAAUUCAAGAGAGAACUAACGCCAGAGAUAUUAUACAACAGAGCAAACUUACCUCGAGGAACAUUGGACACACAGCAUAAAUUACAAGUUAUUUUUUAAAAAUUGGAUACCCGAAGCUAUUUUUAGUUAAGAAAGACUUGCUAAAGUUGUCCAUCAAAAGCGUGCCUAGACUGUUCGAGAUUGCUAGAGUGAAACCAUAAAUAACAAUUUUUAUUCGUGGAGGUAAAAGCAGUCUGGGCGAGCGUUGAGAAUAGCCAAUGAUCCGAUCAAACAACUACAUUGUGUAAUUAUACGCAAAGAAUACCUGCAAUUUUGACCGAUUGUUUGAUACAGACUAUAAUACCUCAAAAUAAUACAAAAGAUCAUGUUUUGCCUGGAACCUGCAAACUACGUCACAAGUGUGAUACUCCUUACGUCAUUACUUGCAGUGACGUACUGCCAGUUCUCAGAAGAAGCACCAGCAGAAAACCGGGAGCAAGGCUCAGACAAUGUGGAGUUCCCCAAAGGUAUUAGUCGACUCCUUUUGAAGAACAUGAGAUUUCGAGACUUAUCAGACGCGGAAGAGAACUCAGAGGAAGGAGGCGAGGAGCAUGGCGCGUACACACCAUCUGAUUAUCGUCCUUACCGGAUUCUGGGACAAGAAAGAAAACCCAAGGCAAACAGAUACGCACCUUUCCUCAGGCUCUCAAGGAAUGGUGCUGUCUCGUCACAGUUAUCGAAACGAGAAAGGCAGCAAGCUUUAGUGAGCAAUCUUGCAGCUUUGCUCACAGAUAUGAAAGACAGAGAUGGGGGAUCCACACUGCGCAUGCCUAGCCUCAGAUUCGGAUAACUUCACAAGUCCUUGAACCUCCGGGUUCUGAGAAGUUCAGGCAUCAGAUGGACCAACGCUUCAGACAACUUAUUCCCAUCGUAUUUUGUGAAAGAGUUACAAUUAUUUAUACCACUAGGACAUAUUAUGGCUCGAAAUCUUGCAAAACAGUAAAACAAUAUUUUUAUUCCCAAGCUACUUUGGGGGUAUGCCAGUAGGGUUUUUAGAAAAUUGCUGGAUUAAAUAGGGGGAAAAUUAAAUUACAUUAUGAAAGGGACGACGUAUUAUUCCGUUCAGUUUUCGUCCUUUUUCCUGAAUGAUUAUUUAUUUUCCUCGAAUGGUUAGAAUUUUGUCCACAACACAAUUAUGUAUUUAUAAGAUCUUCUGUCUGGUUUCUGUACCCACCAACCUCCCCCCCCCCCACCUCCAGCACACUAACCCCCUUCCCGUGAUUUCCUGUUUUUCUUUCUAAAGUACUUUUCUUGCUUGUAUCUUUCCCUCUGUAUCCGAAAGCUUUCAUGACUAGGACUCGUGAGCUUUCAUGACCAUUCUCUACAAUUACAAUAUUUUUCUUUAUUUUCUUCUCUUGUGUGUGUAUACAGCAAUCACUCGAUUGGCUUACAUAUCGUACAUCUCUGGGCGAAUCUAUCUAUAAUCAUGCAUGCACUACAUUUCUGGUGGCUGCAUGUAUGUCUGUCUGUUUGCCUACCCAUGAACCGAACCUAUUGGUCUGUCUAUCUAUUUUACUAUCAAAAAGUACUUUUCACUCUUUUCUCGAUCUCUUCUUCUAUCUUUACUUUUAAAAUAUUAUGACAGUCUAAAGGCGGGCUCCAUAGUGAACCAGGUGUGCGUCAGAAUAAAAAAUAUUGACAAUGCCGCUUUGCAUUGAUAAAAUUAAUGCUUAGGAAAGCGACGUAUUAAUAAGUACACACUGUGUUAUUUCUUUACUUAAUACAUCACUUACACAGAAAGAUUUAAUCAGUACUGUCCCCCAAUGGGUAGUCUACGUCUUUGAUACUGGUAUCUGAGAAAGUUUUCUAUAAAUUUAUCAUAUACAUCUACAUAAAUGUCAUUCAUUACUGUUGUCUCAUACCUAAUAAUUGUCAUUUUGAAACAUAUUUUUGGUACCAAUGUUAGAUAAAAAAAGGCUAUUAAAGUAGACCCAAACAAAUUUGCCAUAACGAUUCCUCGCCUUUGUAGCUGGAUGAGAAUGCUUUUGUUUGAAACAAUACAUCGUCCUCUGCUGACCGUACUCUUAAAA